AUGUUCAUCCAGACGGAGACGACGCCGAACGAGGACUCGCUCAAGUUCAUCCCGGGCGUGCCGGUGACGAAGGGGUCGACGUACGAGUUCCUCGACCUGCGCUCAGCCCUCAAGUCGCCGCUAGCCACGCGCCUGCUGAACAUUGAGGGCAUUGUCGGUGUCUUUUACGGACCCGACUUUGUGACGUGCACAAAGGACGACUCGUUCCAGUGGAACAUUCUCAAGCCCGAGGUGUUUGCGAUUCUGAUGGAGCACUUUUCCUCCGGCGCCCAGCUCUUCCGCGAGGAACAUGCCGAGGGCGAAGGGGCGGAGGACACGCGUGUCCUCGACUCGGACUCGGAUGUCGUCGCCAUGAUCAAGGAGCUGCUCGAGACGCGCGUCCGCCCCGCUAUCCAGGAGGACGGAGGCGAUAUCGAGUACCGCGGCUUUGACGAGGAGAAGGGCACCGUCUUCCUCAAGCUUAUGGGAAGUUGCCGCGGAUGCUCCAGCUCCGAGGUCACGCUCAAGAACGGCAUCGAGCGCAUGCUCAUGCACUACGUGCCCGAGGUCCAGGCCGUCGAGCAGUUCGUCACCGAGGAGGAGAAGAUUGCCCAGGACGAGUUUGCAAAGCUCGAGGCUAGGCUGGAGAAGCAGGCAAAGGAGAAGGAGGCCCAGGCUGCCGAGGCCGCCUAG